AUGAAUAUCUACAUUACUCAAACCUAUUAUCCUAAUAGUUGUAACUAUAGUUUAUUUUAUUGGUUGGAUGGUAAUACUACUAAGGUAAAAAGCAAGCACGAGAAUUCUACAUUUGAAAUGGAACUGACUGGUAUCCUAUAUGUUCGGCUGGAAAAUAAACUGAUUGGUUCUGGAAAAGUAUGUUUGGCUUUCACCACCACCUCAAAAGCAACAGAAUAUCUAGUCGAUGUUACAUGUGAGAAACUGAAUACGAAAACUGAAACAAUAACAUUCAUUCCAACCAGUUCAACAUCACCUACCACAACAUCUACUAGCACAGCAUCAACUAGUAUAACAUCAACUAGUACAACAUCAACUAGCACAACAUCGCCUCUUAAAACUUCUGACGUAUCUCGGACAGUAGACAGUAUUUCUAACAUAGAAACAGAUGAGAAAACAGAUGAUGAUGGAGAUAAAUUACUGUGUUGUAUAAUUGGAAUAUUAGUUAUCAUUCUUGUCAUUAUUAUCACUUGUAUCUCGUUAAGAAAAAGGAAUUGUCAGAAGAACAGAGACUCAGAGAAUCUAAACCAUGGUUCCACCAAUAUGGCGGUGUACAGUAGCCUUGAUGAUAAUCUGAAUGACUCGAGUCAGUACGGACAUAUUGUAAGACAACAAGAACAUGUUCCAGAACAACAAGAACAAGUUCCAGAUUCAA